AACGCGCAGGCGCGCCACAAGGCCCUGGGAUUCGUGGGUACCCGGGCCAGGGUGUGGGAGAGCGGCGCAGGCGCCCUGGCGGCCUGGAGGGUCGAAGCGCCUGCGCAGUCGCGCUUCCUCAGGCAGCAGCCAUGGCGGGACAAGAGGACCCGGUGCAGCGGGAGAUUCACCAGGACUGGGCGAACCGGGAGUACAUUGAGGUCAUCACCAGCAGCAUCAAGAAAAUCGCAGACUUUCUCAACUCAUUCGAUAUGUCUUGUCGCUCAAGACUCGCAACACUGAACGAGAAAUUGACAGCUCUUGAACGGAGAAUAGAGUACAUAGAAGCCAGGGUGACAAAAGGUGAAACCCUCACCUAGGACUGUGCCAUGCUGCUGCUGGGAAGUUUGCUCUUAACAGCACACAGCCUCUCGUGGGAAAGGCCCCAGCAGCCUUCAACUCCUUCCUCUCUCCUUAAAGAACAACAGGGCUUAUUCUUGUUUUUCUUUUUUUCAAAAGUGUGGCCUUUGGGCUCGGCCAUGCACACCCAGAAGUGUGAUGUGGCAUGUGGGGAGCAGUCCAGGGGACCUCUCGGAAACAUUGUUAGGCAUUUUACCUCUUCAGUAACGUUCUGUAGAACUACUUGUCAACACAUUUGAGGCACUGAGAGCCAAAAGCCUGGAACUCUGUCAAGGUCCUCCCCACCUCUCUCUUUCCUCCUCUCUCUCUCUCUCUCAGUCUUUCCUUCUAGCUCUUAUUGCCUGUGCAUUGAUUCUAUAAACAGUCCUUGUCUUCUUCCCACCUUUGGCUGGGAGUGGGAAGCAGUCCUGGCUGAAAUGCCCUGGCGAGGUGGCUGUCAGAGAAUGUUGAUGCUCACCCACCAGUUUCUUGUCCUUUUGGGGAGGUCAAGGCCAGGCCCCCAGUUGGCUUGAAAAGGGACAUUUUCAGAGUUUUCUGUCUGUCACUUGGGGUGUCUUCACCUCUCAUAUUUCCCUAAUAAACUCCUCAACUUUA